AUGGCAAAAAUGAAUCUCUCUUCCUACAUGUUGAUACUAACUUUUUCUUUGCUUUCUCAUGGCAUUUUAUUUUCAGCAUCCAAGUCCAUAAGAGGUAUAGAAGACGACAUGGUAUUUAAUACAUUUAGGCUAGGAAAAGCUUUACAGAAGGAAGAUAAUGCAGAAAAAUCUGUAGUUGCCCCUUCUCUGGAACAAUAUAAAAGUGAUGAGACCAGUUUCAUGAAUGACGAGGAAAACAAAAACUCAAAGAAUGCAGGUGCCAAGCACAAUUUCUUAAAUCAUGGUCUGCCACUGAAUCUCGCUAUAAAACCUUACCUUGCACUAAAAGAAUCUGUAGCUUUUCCAGCGGAGAAUGGAGUUCAGAAUAUUGAAUUAACACCAGAAAAGAGAGAAAUUGGGGAAGAAGAAAACUCAGCUAAAUUUCCUAUAGGAAGGAGAGAUUUUGACAUGCUCAGGUGUAUGCUGGGAAGAGUCUAUCGACCUUGUUGGCAAGUCUAGUAUCUAUUGGUCCACAUCAUCUUUUAAGAAGAAAACAAAAUCAUUUAGUUGUCUUUUAGAGAAAAACCCUUAAAGUUACUAUGAUUUGUAUUAUUUUAAAUGUCUAUUUACAAAGAAAGUUUUAAAAUAUGUCUUAUCUUAAUUAAUGAUACAUUUCAUUUGUCCAUUAAACUGAAUAUUCUGCAUAACUAA